GUCGCUGGGCAGGAGACAACAGUGGAGAAGACCCGCUCAAAGGCCAGGAUCCGGCUUUUCUGUGGACCGCGUCUAAUUUUGGAUGGAGGAUGCGACCCGGCCUUGGGAGGCUGCGCCUGGCGGGUAACGGACGGGCCUUCCUGGGGAGGCGUCACUGGUCAGCCUGCAGUCAGAGCCAGGAACGCGCUACAGGUACUUUCUUGGUGGAUGGCUUGGGAUGAAAAGGUAUUAGACCACUGGGUCUUGCACUCCACGUCUCCAACCUCUUCUUGCGAUCCUCCUCGUGGUCCUCCUUGUGACCACUGGUCCCAAUCGCGUCUCGCGGCUACGCGCUCGAAGUCCUCGAUGGCCAGAGCAGGUCGACCCCGGAAUAGCGUGUGCCAUUUGCCUUGGAAGUCUAACCCUGGCCAAAGCAAGCAGUGUCACACACCCGGGGACGAUCGUUUUCCAAGCCGUCGAAAAUACAAACUUAGGGCUGUGGGUUGUGACGCUUGUCCAGCCUUCUCUAGUCGCCCAUGCGGCCAAUCGACAUCGUUUCCAACAAAUUUCCGCUUCAAGAUCCUCAUGGUUGAUCGUACCUGGUCAACCAUGAAUCGACGAUCUUCUUGAGAUGUCGAUUAAGUGGCUGGACCACAGAUACGAAGUGUUACUGGUAACAAGGUUUCAC